CUCCAAUAAACUAUAUUCUGUGGCUUUGAGCUACGAUUACAUAAAAAGCAUUCUCACGCUGGCUGAGUGUUCGUGAAAUAGAAGCCAAUGUUUCAUAGGCAGAUGCAGCCGAGCGAUGAACCUGGAUAAAAAAGCUUGGCGGGUAAUCUUCCGUUCAAAGUGGCUAGGUAUCCUUACUCUAGACCUACUUGAGCUCAGCCUUUUAUUGCGCCAUGCUCUCCAGACCAGGCCUGGGGGUGUUGUAGUUCGUAACUUUUCCAACUUAACGUGAUGUCCAAGAUCGCAGAAAAGCCAUAGUCUGUGAUUGAGCCCGGCAUUCGGAUAUCACUAGCAAUGCCCAGGACUUGGAUGGAGCAGAAGCGUGUAUAUAGGAAGAAUGAUCGCCAGGUUUGAUAUGGCAUCAUCGGGAGACUGCAGCUUCUUGAUCUUCCAACGCCAGUCAUCAUGCGAACUUCACUGUCACUCGUUGCUUUGUUAACUUCCUUAGUCUCUGCUGUACCGGUUGCAGAGCACGAAAAGAGACAGAACGCAGAAUUCGACUAUGUCAUCAUCGGUGGUGGUACCGCAGGUCUUACACUUGCGAAUCGGUUGUCAGAAGACAGCACCAUGAAGGUCGCUGUAAUCGAGGCCGGUGCUCUCUACCAGGUCACGAAUCCGCUUCUAUCGUCGACUCCAGCUGGGGAUGUGUUGUGGUCAGGCUCCAGCCCAUUGGAUCAGAACCUUCUUGUAGACUGGAACUUCAUUACAGCUCCUCAAGCCGGCGCAAAUGGUAGACGAGUGAAGUACGCGCGAGGAAAAUGCCUGGGUGGAAGCUCGGCUCGAAACUUCAUGAUCUACCAGCGCGGCGAUCGCGGCUCGUACCAACGCUGGGCAGACCAAGUCGGAGACGACUCGUACACUUUCGACAACUUGAUGCCGUACUUCAAGAAGUCUGUCAAGUUUACACCACCCAAUACCAAUCUCCGUGCAAGCAACGCCUCGGCCGAAUACGUCGCGAGUGCCUUCGAUACUAGCGGUGGGCCUCUCGAUGUUUCUUACGCGAACUACGCUGGACCUUUCUCGAGCUACAUGGAGGGAGGUAUGAACGGCAUUGGUAUCCAAACCAGGCCCGACUUCAACUCCGGAGAACUCAUGGGAGCACAGUACUGUAGCUCGACGAUCACGCCCGGAAACCAGAAGCGCGCAUCGAGCCAAACAACCUUUCUUGAGGCUGCGAAGAGUCGUUCUAACCUCAAGGUAUACACUCUGACACGCGCUGAGAAGGUCAUCUUCAAUAACGAGAAGCGCGCCACUGGUGUCAAGCUACCCCUUGGAAGCAUCCUUACCGCAAAGCGAGAAGUGAUCCUUUCAGCCGGUGCUUUCCAAUCUCCCCAGCUGCUUAUGGUCUCUGGAGUCGGUCCUGCGGCACAACUCAAGAAGUUCAACAUUCCCGUUAUUGCUGAUCGUCGUGGUGUUGGUCAGAAUAUGCAAGAUCAUAUUUUCUUCGGUCCAACCUACCGCCACAAAGUCCAGACGUUCACAAAAUUAGCCAAUGAUCUUCUGUAUGUUGGCGCUCAGUUCGCAUUCGAUUACAGCGUGCAUAAGCGUGGUCCACUCACCAACCCCGUCUGCGACUUCCUAGCCUGGGAAAAGGCUCCUCGCAACCUCAUCUCGUCAGAAGCUGCGGCAGUGUUGGAUCAGUUUCCUGCUUCUUGGCCCGAGAUCGAAUACCUCUCUGCACCUGGCUAUAUUGGUGAUUUCUCCAGUCUCUUCGCAAGCCAGCCCAAGGACGGCUACCAAUACGCGUCCAUUCUCGGCGCUCUCGUUGCGCCCCUCUCGCGUGGCUCAGUGACUAUCACAAGCUCUAGCACAGCUCAGCUGCCUUCAAUCGACCCGGGCUGGUUGACUGACCCCACUGAUCAAGCCCUUGCAGUCGCUGCCUACAAGCGCAUGCGUCAAGCCUUUGCUACAGACGCCAUGAAGGCUGGUCUUGCGGAUACGAAGGAAUACUUCCCUGGACCUAAGGUUGAGACUGACGAGCAAAUCCUCAAUACCGUUCGCGACACACUGAUGACUGUGUGGCACGCGUCUUGUACGUGCAAGAUGGGGAAAAUCGAUGAUCCAGAUGCGGUGGUGGAUAGCAAGGCGAAGGUUAUCGGCGUGACCGGUCUGAGGGUGGUCGACGCCAGCUCUUUUGCACUGUUGCCUCCUGGGCAUCCACAGAGUACGAUAUACGCGUUGGCAGAGAAGAUUGCCGAUGAUAUCAAGCGCAGCCGUUAGGUCGCGCGCGCCGGGUACUAGGUGCUAGGUUGGAGAGGUUCAGCGCCAGCAGCGCCCUGGCGGAUUGGUAGCAGGUAGAUGGGGUGACCAUUAGCGAGUCCACUUUUGCCGUUAGUAGUCCAGCCCUGAUCCAACCCCAAAAAGAACACCUUCUAGACUUCUCCUUGCUUUUGUGAACACCGC